UGCCAUUGAGUCACUGGUCGAAUAUAUAUAUACACGCAUAUAUAUCUGCAUGAUAGUUGAGUGACUCGCCUCCUAAUGCAGGAAAUUUCAAAAGGAUUUAAAUCCUAACAUCCAAGUUUUUAAUUAAGGGGGUGAAAAAAUAGAUGUGUACAUACACAGUUUUUUCCCUUUAGGACAAUGGGUGAGUGCUUGCGUUUUGGUCGAGUUUUGUGGCAUUUGGUCAAUAACUCCAUGAUCGAAUACUUAUGUCGUGUUUCAAGAAAUCAGAGGCGUUUAAUAAAAAGGAAGGGAGGGGGAUCAAACAAGAAGAAGGAUAAUAUGGCAGACGAGGCACCAGGAUCUCCCGGAAAGAAAGUGGCAACGCCUUCGACAUUGAUGGAGAGUCUUCUAGGUUUGCUUAGAAUUCGAGUCAAACGUGGCGUCAAUCUCGCCGUUCGUGAUGUUCGUAGCAGUGAUCCUUAUGUCGUGGUUAAGAUGGGAAGACAGAAAUUGAAGACUCGUGUAAUAAAGAAGGAUGUUAAUCCAGAAUGGAAUGAAGAUUUAACUCUUUCUAUUACUGAUCCUAAUCUUCCAAUCAAGCUGAUUGUGUAUGAUCAUGACACAUUUAGUAAAGAUGACAAAAUGGGAGAUGCAGAAAUUGAUGUGAAACCAUACAUACAGGCCUUGAAAAUGAAUUUGGCAGGGGUUCCAUCUGGGACAGUUAUAUCAAGGAUGCAACCUGGUAGGCACAAUUGCUUGGCUGAAGAAACCUGCAUCACUUAUGUCGAUGGGAAGGUGAUUCAAGAUUUCUGCCUCAGAUUAAGAAACGUUGAAUGUGGUGAAGUCGAAGUCCAACUUCAGUGGAUUGAUCUUCCUGGUUCAAAGGGUUUAUAAAUUUUGUGAAUUUUUUUCCUAUGGUAUAUCCUACUACAGGUAUGGCGCUAGCUAAGCUUGGAUUGGUUUCAAGCUUUUGGAAUCCGCCAUAAUACAAUUUUCAUAUUCUUGUUUCAUAUAUGCAUUUUGUAUUGUCUAUUCUAUCAGAAUUUUGUAACUCGUCAGAAUUGACAAUUUUGGGUUCUUGUACAUUAUUUUCAAUUCUAAAAAUUUUAAUUUUGAAUCAUUUAUUCGGA